GCUUUUAGAGGAAUCUCUCACCCGUCAGUCACCACCACCGUCUAGGGUUUCGCGCCGGGAUCUAGAAACCAUCAUUCAUCAUGCCGGUGAGUUUGACUCCGAACGCAAUCACGGCGAUAAACGACGGAGACGUGAAUUUGAAGCCGUUGUUACAGGUUUUAGAAAUCAAAAUGAUAGGAAGAAGUCAAGAGAGAAGCCAAGAGAGGUAUCGUUUCCUCAUUUCCGAUGGUGUUUCAGCUCAACAUGCUAUGGUUGCGGUUCAGCUUAAUGAUCGAGUCAAAUCAGGACAAUUUGAGAAAGGAUCCAUCGUUCAGCUGAUUGAUUACAAUUGCUGCGACGUUAAAGGCCGCAAGCUUAUUGUGGUGCUGAAUAUGGAGACGAUAGUACCACAUUCUGAAACCAUUGGGAACCCCACAAUAUUUGGAGAAACAGAUACAGAAGCCCAGAAGCCGCUUUCAGCUGCGGGUAAUAUACCGCCUCCGAACAGGGUUGUUUUUAAUGAACCAACGGCUCAGCAUUCUGUUAAUAGAGCACCUCCCAGGGGCGUAAACAUUCAAAAUCCAGCCAACAGUACUCCAAGUUUCAGGCCAUCUGUUCAACCUUCAUAUCAACCGCCUGCAAGCUACAGAAAUCAUGGACCCAUAAUGAAGAACGAGGCUCCAGCUCGAGUCAUCCCUAUUGCUGCUCUCAAUCCAUACCAAGGUCGGUGGGCUAUUAAGGCUAGAGUAACUGCGAAAGGAGAUAUCAGACGAUAUAACAAUGCAAAAGGAGAUGGAAAGGUUUUCUCGUUUGAUCUGCUUGACUCUGACGGAGGGGAGAUUCGGGUUACCUGCUUUAAUGCUGUUGCUGACCGAUUCUAUGACGUUACUGAGGUUGGUAAGGUAUAUUUGAUUUCAAAGGGAAGUUUGAAGCCUGCACAGAAAAAUUUCAACCACUUAAAGAAUGAAUGGGAAAUUUUCUUGGAGUCAACAUCGACUGUGGAGCUUUGCCCUGAUGAAGAUGGCUCCAUACCAAGGCAGCAGUUCUCCUUCCGUCCUAUCAGUGACAUUGAGAACGCCGAGAACAAUACCAUACUCGAUGUCAUUGGGGUUGUGACUUCUGUGAACCCCUCGGUGCCAAUCUUGAGAAAGAACGGGAUGGAAACCCAUAGGCGAAUCCUGAAUCUUAAGGAUGAAUCGGGAAAAGCUGUAGAGGUAACGCUAUGGGGAGAAUUCUGUAAUCGAGAUGGUCGGCAACUUGAAGAGAUGGUUGAUUCAGCUUUUCACCCGGUUUUAGCAAUAAAAGCUGGAAAAGUAAGCGACUUCAGCGGGAAAUCAGUGGGGACAAUAUCUUCAACACAGCUCUUCAUAAAUCCAGAUUUCCCUGAAGCUCAUAAACUACGGACCUGGUUCGAUCACGGGGGAAAAGAAACUGCUUCCUUCUCCAUCUCCAGGGACACUAUGCCUGGAGGUGUUUCCAGGAACGAGAUAAGAAAAAGUGUUUCUCAGAUCAAAGAGGAAGGUCUUGGAAGAUCAGAUAAGCCUGACUGGAUCACUGUGAAAGCAACCGUAUCAUUCAUCAAAACAGAUAGCUUCUGUUACACAGCUUGUCCUUUGAUGAUUGGAGAUAAACAAUGCAACAAGAAGGUAACACGGUCUGGAACAAACAGGUGGCUCUGUGACCGGUGCAACCAAGAGUCUGAUGAAUGCGACUACAGAUACCUUCUUCAGGUACAGAUUCAAGACCACACUGGGUUGACUUGGAUAACCGCGUUUCAAGAAACGGGAGAAGAAAUCAUGGGAUGUCCGGCUAAGAAGCUUUACGCAUUGAAGUACGAGUUGGAGAAGGAGGAAGAGUUCGCAGAAAUUGUUAGAGACAGACUGUUUCAUCAGUACAUGUUGAAGCUGAAGAUCAAAGAGGAAUCGUAUGGGGAUGAACAAAGAGUGAAGAUGACUGUUGUGAAGGUGGAUAAGGUGAAUUAUACAUCAGAGAGUAAAUACAUGCUUGAUUUGCUCGUAAGGUAAAACAGUGAGAGAUUUCAAUUAACUCAGAAUAUUAAG